AUGAAGGAAAUUGAGCUUUUAAGUGAAACAGACUCAAACAUUACUAAUAAUAGCUUUGAAGAUGAAGUAGGUUUUGUAGAUCAAAUGGAUUAUAUAAAUGAAAUAGAUAAUAUAAAUGAAAUAGAUUAUGACAAUGUGGUAAAUCUUGAAAACAGUGAUCUGAAACGACAAAAGAUAGAAGAGGAACAAUCAGAAACAGAAGCAUCUACUUCUACUUUUACUAAAAAAUCUAAUAAAGCUGUAUGUGAAAAAUGUAAAGCAAUAAAAAAUGGAAAAAAGUGUAGAUAUACAAUUAAUACAGAAGGUUCUACAAGCAAUAUAAAACAUCAUCUUUUGAAUAUACAUGGUUUAACAGAAACAACAAUAUUAGACUUAUGCAAUAAGAGAAUAAAUAAAGCAACAGCUAUUGACUGGCUUAAAGCUAAAAGUUUUUUAAAUAUAGAAUAUGAGCUUUUAAAAUCUGAUGAAUUGGAAGCUAAUAUACAAAAUAAUUUAGAAGAAAAUAAGAAAAAUAAACUACUGCAUGCAAUGUAUAGCUUUAAUCUACAAAAAGAAGAACAAAAGAAUUCAUUUUCAGUUCUUAGUCAAUUAGCUAAAAAAUACCUUAAAAUUGCCACAACCUUUACUUCUAGUGAAUGGUUGUUUUUGGAUACUAGAAAUAUAAUGACUAAUAAAAGAACUUGCUUGAGUUCUAAGCUUUUUGAAACAAUAGUUUUUUUAAAAAGAAAUAUUAAAGUUGCAAAUUCUUUGUUUCCUAACAAUAAUUAG